CACUGGCAACUUUCCCGACUUUCCAUCAGCUGGCAAGAUGGCCGACUGGAAGGAAAGAAUCUUGCACUACGGUAAACGACUAGAGAAAAAUCAGAGCGAUGAAAAGGUAUUGGAAACGCUUCGGAAACUUCAAAAAGUGCCCAUGACAUUAACGCUAUUACAAGAAACUGGCAUUGGACGAACUGUAAACCACUUGAAAAAAAGCAGUGGUGUUAUUGGAGAAUUGGCCCGGGCUGUCAUCGGCGCAUGGAAACAGGUAGUCUCAGACAGCACGGCAGAAUACGCUGAGCAGCAGCAGCAGCAGCCAGCCCCGGCAGUGCCAUCAAAGAGGCACCAUGAGAGCAAGCAAGAUGGCCCGCCACCAAAGGCUAACAGGACAUCAAAGCCGUACUCUAUUGAAGUCGAGACAUCUAGCCCCAUUGAAAAUGUUCCGGCGCACUCUCGGCAUAAACAGAAUGGGGACAGCCAUCAAUACAGCAAACAUCACCAUGACCACCACCAUCAGAAUUCAUCACGGCAUCAUCACAGGGAAGAGCGUGCAGCAACACCACCUCCACCAAAGGUCGAGCCACCUCCAAAGAAGAGCCCGGAAGAAAAGGUGGACAAGAAAAAGAUGAAGAAGCUCCUCAAGAAGGCUGGCCACAGUGAAGGGGGCCUAGAUGGCUCGAUCGCGUCUUUUGAGGCUUGUCUUGGCCUCAACGAUACAGUGACCUUGCCCAAACCCAAGAAAAAGUCCCAGCCCAUCAGCCCUAACAAGAAGCAGCAGCCAUCUAGAGUUGAGCCUGUGAAGGAUGCAAUCAAGCAACACUCUUCCAGGGGAACCGAACACUCUUCCAGGGGAACCGAACACUCUUCCGGGGGAGCCGAACAUUCUUCCAAAGGAGCCAAAUCAUCUCGCUCAAAAAAUGGUGAGAGCGGUGGCAGCGGUGGCCACAGCAGCAGGAGCAGCAAACACACACACAAAAAGGAGCAGCUCAUGCCUGAGGCUCUACGAAAGCCUGACUUGGCUCCCUUAGACAGGGACGAAGUGUCAUCAAUGCUGCCAGAGAUCCAGCCUGUGUACAAACCUCUGCCCCACAGGUUAUUUGAUGAACCACCAUCAAAACCACCGAAAAAAAGCUUAACGAAUGAGGAAGCCAUCAUCUUCACAUCUUCACGAAAGGACAGAACUCAAGUCUACUCCGGGCGACGCAAUUGUUUUCUGCCUGAGGUUCCCACUCUGCAUGAAGCUUGCAUCAAGGUGCUUAUAGAAAACGUCGAAGGCAUGGCAUACACAGGAGGAGUUCCAUAUGACAUUCUCAAGCCUGUUUUAGAGAGGUGUACCCCCAAACAGCUGUACACUCUCGAAGACUACAACCCUUACCUCCUCGAUGACACUGACGAGUUGUGGCAGGCACACUGCACUCGAGAAUUCAAAAGCAGUACUCCGGACGCAGGAGAGACAUGGCGCGAGUUGUACCUGAAAAAGUAUGAUGAACGGGAAGAGAAGUUCAAGUCAUUGACCGCCACAAUCUCUGCUUCCAUGGCCAAGGCUACACCAGUGCGUCAGACCAAGCUGGCUUAUGUCGACACGGUGGCCAAGCCUCCCCGUAAUGUUGCCAGGCAACAGGCCAAACACGGCACAGGUGUGCAGUCAGCAGUUCCAGUCAGGCCUUCUGAUCGUUUGUCGUCUCGGCCCACGUCCUCCCCGAGCAUCAGUGCCAGCAUGAGUACGAGCAUCAGUGCCAGCGUCAGUCGGCCACCCUCGACUGCAGUACCUAAGAAACCAAAGCACGCACCAUUAAUGCAGAAGACCCUCAAGUUUAUGAAGCAGCGUUUCAAGAGGUAGUGAUGCCUCAAACAUCAUCUACCCUGUACAGAACCAGAGAGAGACCUGAUGUCACUGCAGCUGAUGAUGAACACACAUUCAAAGCAGGACGACGUUGGUCUUAUCUUAUCACCAACCUUACGGAAAGGAAUGCCUGUAAAAAAAGAAAAGUUAUUUAAAGGACAUAGCAUCCACACACUAAAACCUCUAAUGAAGUGUGCACUGCACACAUCUGGAAUAGCUCUGGAAGACCUUAUUCUCUGUGUUGUGCAUACAUUUGCUGCCAUCAGUGUCGCUCAGAGUGCAGCACUGGAGCACUUUAAGCUUUUGUUAUUACUUUUUUCCCCGUGAGUGUAGUAGCUUUUAUUAUUUAGAGCCAUGAAGCAUUACGAAAUUGUGCUGAUUCUUGAGAAAGAGGACGGUAGAUUGCAUGUGCGUUUCAAUGUGGCCAGCUUUAAUGCGAUGUAAAUAAGCCCAACACCUGCACCUUGUGCACUAAACGACGAAUUGUGCUGCCUUUUACAAGGCUAAAUUGCGAAUUUUUUUUGGAUAAAACAUUCAUUUAUGAUUCUUUUAUCGUCAUCACCUUCCUGUGGUUCUUUACCUUUACGAGAACUUUGCAAAGCUUCCAGAAAGAUGGAGUGUUCAUUUCUUUAGAGAACCCUUUUCACACACAGCUCUUCUGGUGUGUAUAUAUGUCUGUGUGCAUGUAUGAUAUAUGUUGAUGUGCCUGGUAUGCUGAGAAGGAUGCAUGAAAUAAACUAGAAUGUGUCUGUG